AUGUCUGACAUGGAAGAUGAUUUCAUGUGCGAUGAUGAGGAGGACUACGACCUGGAAUACUCUGAAGAUAGUAACUCCGAGCCAAAUGUGGAUUUGGAAAAUCAGUACUAUAAUUCCAAAGCGUUAAAGGAAGAUGACCCAAAAGCAGCAUUAAGCAGUUUCCAGAAGGUCUUGGAACUUGAAGGUGAAAAGGGAGAAUGGGGCUUUAAAGCACUGAAACAAAUGAUUAAGAUUAACUUCAAGUUGACAAACUUUCCAGAAAUGAUGAACAGAUAUAAACAACUAUUGACCUAUAUUCGAAGUGCAGUCACAAGAAAUUAUUCUGAAAAAUCCAUUAAUUCUAUCCUUGAUUAUAUCUCCACUUCUAAACAGAUGGAUUUACUGCAGGAAUUUUAUGAAACAACACUGGAAGCUUUAAAAGAUGCUAAGAAUGAUAGACUGUGGUUUAAAACAAACACAAAGCUUGGAAAAUUGUAUUUAGAACGGGAGGAAUAUGGAAAGCUUCAAAAAAUUUUACGCCAGUUACAUCAAUCCUGCCAGACUGAUGAUGGAGAAGAUGACCUGAAAAAGGGUACACAGUUAUUAGAAAUAUAUGCUUUGGAAAUUCAAAUGUACACGGCACAGAAAAAUAACAAAAAACUAAAAGCACUCUAUGAACAGUCACUUCACAUCAAGUCUGCCAUCCCUCACCCGUUGAUCAUGGGAGUCAUCAGAGAAUGUGGUGGUAAAAUGCACUUGCGGGAAGGUGAAUUUGAAAAGGCACACACUGAUUUUUUUGAAGCCUUCAAGAAUUAUGAUGAAUCAGGAAGUCCAAGAAGAACCACUUGUUUAAAAUACUUGGUCUUAGCAAAUAUGUUAAUGAAAUCGGGAAUAAAUCCAUUUGACUCACAGGAGGCCAAACCGUACAAAAAUGAUCCAGAAAUUCUCGCAAUGACGAAUUUAGUAAGUGCCUAUCAGAAUAAUGAUAUUACUGAAUUUGAAAAGAUUCUGAAAACAAAUCACAGCAACAUCAUGGAUGAUCCUUUCAUUAGAGAACACAUUGAAGAGCUUUUGCGAAACAUCAGAACACAAGUCCUCAUAAAAUUAAUUAAGCCUUACACAAGAAUACAUAUUCCUUUUAUUUCUAAGGAGUUAAACAUAGAUGUAGCUGAUGUGGAGAGCUUGCUGGUGCAGUGCAUAUUGGAUAACACUAUUCAUGGCCGAAUUGAUCAAGUCAACCAACUCCUUGAACUGGAUCAUCAGAAGAGGGGUGGUGCCCGAUACACUGCACUAGAUAAAUGGACCAACCAACUAAAUUCUCUCAACCAGGCUGUAGUCAGUAAACUGGCUUAA